UAGCGUUAAACGUAGCCUCAAAGAAGCGAUUUAGUUUGUGCUCUGUUUAAGCAUGAGCAAACUUGCAUCGGUAGCUUCAUCAACCUCAGUCAGUGACUCUGAGGAGGAACAAGAUACUAUCUGCAAUCAGUUGUACGAGAUUUCGGAAGAUCAGCCGACCUAUGGUAACAUCUCUGUAGCUGGCUCCAGUGACGUGCAUCUCGGAAGUAGAACGUUUUAUCAGGGGUCUGUGACGAUAAAUCAAGUUCUUUACGAAAACCUCAAAAAUUCGCAGCGGGAUGUUACAUCGGUUACUAAUGUGACAUCAGGUAAUGGCAAUGAGGAGUUUGUACCGGAUCAGGUUGGUGAAGUAAACGAUGGCAAUGAUCCGGGGAACAUAAUUCAAAAGGAAACUCUAAGGACAAAAGGUACGCGAUGGCUACGCAGUUCUAGUACCAUACAAGUUUUACGCAUCUCUUUCUUGGCGACAGUACCGGUGCUAACAUUGGUCAUACUAUUGGUGAUGUUAUUGACCAAGAAUCAGUCACCAGUCCAAUUUGAUUAUUCUACUGAGUUACCCGUAGAUUCCCCAACAUGGAAGCUUCGUGUAGUUUCCCGAAAGGAAUGGUCGGCUCAAACAGCAAAAGAAGUGGUACCAUUGAAGUUACCUGUUCGUUACGUGAUAAUAAUGCACACAGGAAGCCAGUUUUGUUCAGACGAAGAAAGGUGCAAGGAAAUUGUGCGCAGAAUACAAAUAUCUCAUGUUGAAAGCAAAGGUCGGAGUGACAUUGGAUAUAGCUUCCUCGUUGGAGGAGAUGGAAAUGCUUACGAAGGACGAGGAUGGUUCAGUGUAGGUUCACAAGUGGCUAAAUUCGAUGAUAUCUGUAUUGGAAUCGCAUUUAUUGGAACUUUCGAUGUGGAGUCGCCGCCGUACGAACAGUUGCGAGCUGCUCAGGAACUUAUUAAGAUGGGUGUAAAUUUAGGUGCAAUUUCUCCCGAUUAUAGUAUUUACACUGAAAGACAAUUACGGCUCACAAACAGUCCUGGAGAAGCUCUAUACAAUAUUGUUAAAACGUGGGACUAUUUUUCACCUAUUAUAAUGGCACAGUCCUCACAUUAGUGGAUAAGUAGUACAUUAGCCAUCUUGUCAAAAAAGUCGGACAAACGCGGCACUGUACUGCCAAAAUUGCAGCACCUCAUAAAAUAAUCGGGAUCGACAACCUAAAAUUCUUCCAAUGAAGAUAGAAAUAAUAUUCAUCUUUGUAUUAUGGAACAAUGAAAAAAUAUAUAAAUAUCGAAAGUC